AGGUGGUGGAGCGCCGACAUGGCGCUCUCUAAUGGCCGGACCCCGUCAGCUGACGCGGUGGGCAGGCUUUAAGAAGAAAGGGAGCCAUCUUAGGGCUCUCCGUUUAAACACAAAUAGAGCUCAGUAGCUUCGCAGCCUUCGGCGCGCCACACACCACAGUGGACCCAAAAGCAGCGCUUUUCUCGGCCAUCCGCGGACAGAAUGAAAAUUGUCCAUUGGAAGAUCAAGUAGAGAAGAGUGGAUUUAAAAUAAACGUAUGUAUCAGUGAUGAUGGACACUGACCCGAUAAACGUUGGAUUGUGACGGUGAGACCAGACCUGCCCAACAGCGGAAAGUGAAAUAAGAACUGCAGAAGUUUUUUUCCCUUUUCCUGCUUUGCAAUAUUGACUCAUUUACUGAGCAGCGCUUGGAAUAAAAAUUGAACAAAGGAUUGAAAUACUGAGGAACGAGAAAGACUUGUGGGGGUAAAAACUUGGGUGGGGGAAACGUCUGGGUUUUCUUGGAAAUACGUUGGAGAAAAGGCAUUUGCUCGUGCUGUUGGGACUUAACUGAAUUUAUUUUACUUUUUUGUGGCUUGUUUUUGUUUUUUUGUUUUUCUUUUUUUUCCCUUUUUUUUUGUUGGAAAGAACUGAGUAACAAUGAGCACUGCUAGAACAGAAAACCCAGUAAUCUUGGGAUUACCCAGUCAGAAUGGUCAGAUUCGGGGAUCGGUGAAGCCGGCAGGGGGGCCUGGAGGUGGCGGGGGUGGCCCCCAGCUGCAGCCAAGCAGCCAGAUCAAGGCAUCCAGCACAAUCAACAAUGGCAGCUCCCAGCCCAUGCCAACAGCCAACACCGUUAUCAAACCUGGAGAUGACUGGAAGAAAAAUUUGAAAAUCCCUCCUAAGGACCUGAGGAUGAAAACCUCGGAUGUGACAGCCACGAAGGGAAAUGAGUUUGAAGACUAUUGCUUAAAGCGGGAGCUGCUGAUGGGGAUCUUUGAGAUGGGCUGGGAGAAGCCCUCGCCAAUCCAGGAGGAGAGCAUUCCCAUUGCAUUGUCUGGGAGGGACAUUCUGGCCAGAGCCAAGAAUGGAACUGGCAAGAGCGGCGCCUACCUCAUUCCCUUACUUGAACGCAUUGACCUGAAGAAGGACUGUAUACAAGCCCUGGUCAUUGUGCCCACCAGAGAACUGGCUCUCCAGGUGAGCCAGAUCUGCAUCCAGGUCAGCAAACACAUGGGCGGGGUUAAGGUCAUGGCCACGACGGGAGGCACCAACCUUCGUGACGACAUCAUGAGGCUCGAUGAGACUGUGCAUGUUGUCAUUGCAACUCCUGGGAGGAUUUUGGAUCUCAUCAAAAAGGGAGUGGCCAAAGUUGAUCAAGUACAGAUGAUUGUAUUGGAUGAGGCAGACAAGCUCUUGUCCCAGGACUUUGUCCAGAUGAUGGAGGAAAUUCUCAGCUUCUUGCCCAAGCAGAGACAGAUUUUGCUGUAUUCUGCCACGUUUCCGCUUAGUGUGCAGAAAUUCAUGACCUCUCAUCUGCAGAAGCCCUAUGAGAUCAACUUGAUGGAAGAGCUGACUCUGAAGGGGGUUACCCAGUAUUACGCCUAUGUGACCGAGAGACAGAAAGUCCACUGCCUUAACACGCUGUUCUCGAGGCUCCAGAUUAAUCAGUCAAUAAUCUUCUGCAACUCCUCCCAGCGUGUGGAGCUGCUGGCCAAGAAGAUUUCCCAGCUGGGCUACUCCUGCUUCUAUAUUCAUGCCAAGAUGAGACAGGAGCACCGAAAUCGUGUGUUCCAUGACUUCAGAAACGGCCUUUGUCGGAAUCUUGUCUGCACUGACCUCUUCACCAGAGGAAUUGACAUUCAAGCUGUGAACGUGGUGAUCAACUUUGAUUUCCCCAAGCUUGGAGAGACAUACCUUCAUCGCAUUGGCCGAUCUGGACGUUUUGGACACUUGGGUCUUGCCAUCAACCUGAUCACAUAUGACGACCGCUUCAACUUGAAGGGCAUUGAGGAGCAGCUGGGGACAGAGAUCAAGCCCAUCCCAGGCAACAUCGACAAGAGCCUGUAUGUGGCUGAGUACCACAGCGAAAGCGGGGAGGAGCUCAAGCUGUAGCAGGAGAGAUCAUUGCAAUCAGUUCCCCCCAUGUUCCCAUACCCUUUGUCGCUUUGGGAAGAUUUAUAUAUUUUAAAUAAACCUUCCAUGGUCUUCCUUCCCUUUCCCCCCCUCCUCUUUUCCUCCCCCAUUUUUUUAUCUGUGCCACCAAAAGAAAUGGAAUGUGAGUUGCAAGCAAAUCUUGGGGAAAAUCUGGAAGUCGGUUUCACCGGUAGGUGGCUGUUCCGUGCACUACCACUUCCUGAAGACUUUAAAAAAAAAAAAAAAGAAAAGAAAAAAAAGCACUUGGAAAAGUAGAGGGGACCAAGGAAGAGGCGCUAAUGAAACCAACAGCUGAUGUUUUGGCCUCUUCCCUGCCAUAAGCCUACCUAUCCACAGCCAGCACUCGUCUCCCCAUUUUAUUUCCAGCCUCUCGCCUCCCGAAGCCUCUCCUGCCCUUUCCCUCUUUCCAUGUUUUGAUUUUAAGAUUUUUACCAAUUUGUAUCAAGUGCCUUAAGCAGCUGAACUUUUUCAAAGUAAUAACCUCUGUAGAUUUCAUCAUUUACAUAGUCCCUUAUUUUUCACUUUAAUUUUAUUUUGAAGAAGGGAAGAACUACCCCCCAAUUUGUUUCUUGGAUGCAAAACACAUUGUUAUAGCACUACCUUCAGAUGGAAAGGGAACCUGGAGGUUUUGAGGCAGUUAUGGAUAUGAGCCAGCUUCCUUGCUCACAGUCAACAGUGAAGAGACAUGAAUUUCCCAUUGAUGGGGAAGUUGGGACUCGGGCUCUUCAGCUGUGUUCCCACAAAUGCAUUGGGAGAUGGGUCUUAUUUUUCUGGCAUGGAACAUUUUACAUAGACCCAAACUCUCCUGGUCUUCAGUGUUGAAAACAAGAUCCGUUUUUGAAGUUGGAGCAGCCAGGUCAAUGUUGGCGAUGAGGACUUUUCCGAUGGGGAUGGGGGGUAGGCAUGGGGGCAGUUAAUAUUCCUGCCCCUUUAUUGGUUAUGCUUUCUUUUGGAUGGUCACCCUUUCUUCUCCAAAAUGUGCUGUAGAAACACAAGUUGGCACGAUGUAAGAUUUUUGUAAAUACUUCAUUUAAUUUUAAGGGUUGUUUUAAACAAGUGUGAAAAGGCUGGUUACUUGUAAACAUGGGGUUAACACCUGUAAUGUUUAGGUUCUUGUCAACAUUGACUGGAA